AUGACUGAUAUUUUAUCUUCAUAUCGACAAUUAUCAUUAGUUUAUAUUAAUAAUAUCGUAGUUUAUUCUCGAUCAUUUGAAGAACAUCUCGAUCAUAUUACACAACUAUUAUUAAUUUUAUUAAUACAUAUUUUUCAACUUAAUCCAUCAAAAUGUAUGAAUUUUCCUUUAUUUCUUAAUUUUUCGAAUAAUAAUUAUUCUGUUAUAUUAACAACUGAUGCAUCGAAAGUUAGUAUUAGUGGAACUUUACAACAAAUUACUGAUGGUAAAACAAAAAAUUUGUAUUAUCAUUCUCAAGUUAUAUCAUCUACUCAGAGAAGAUACGAUUCAAUUGAAUUAGAAACUUUAGCUAUAUGGUUAUGUUUUCAACGUAUACGAUCAUAUUUACUUGGUAGAUCUAUUAUAAUUUAUACUUAUCAUUGUCCUUUAUGCAAUAUGAUGAAUUCAUCUGUAAAGAAUCGACGAGUCGAUCGUAUUUCUAUACUAUUACAAGAAUAUCAUAUUGAAAAAAAUUAA